AUGGCAUCUCGGAUUCCCCCGUCUCUUGCUGGAUCUGCGCGCCGCGCUAACAUACUGAAGACGUGGCGGCACGCGAUUGCAGUGCGCGUGGGACGCUUUAACAAGUUAGAGCAGUGCGUUAUGCGCUCCCCUCGUGCGUCGCUCGGCUUCUCCCCUCUGCGACCCAAGCCCGUGGCUAAGCCGCCCAGCAAGAAGCCCAGGCCCAGGGAUGUGAUGGGUACCGCUGCUGCUGUGAAGCCCAGAGCGGUGCACAGCGGUCAAGCGACCGUCGCAGCUGCUGCAGCGAAAGCCACGCGAGCUAGUAAGGCGACACCAGCUAAGGCGACGCCAGCUGAGGCGACGCCAGGUGAGGCGACGCCAGCUGAGGCGACGCUUAAGGCGACGCCAGUUAAGGUGACUCCAGUGAAGGCGACGCCAACUAAGGCGACGCCAACUAAGGCGACGCCAGCUAAUGCGACGCCAGCUAAGGCGACGCAAGCCAAGGCGACGCCAGCCAAGCUGUCCCUAGCUAAGGCGACGCCAGUCAAGGCGACGCCAACUUAUGCGACGCCAGCUAAGGCGACGCCAGCAUCACCAGCCAAGGCGACGCGUGCAAGCCAUACUGCCGCGGUAGGUUUGAAGGCUGCAGGUGCAAGCAGCCUAGCAGCAACAGCUCCUCUCACCAUGAAGGCGGGUCUUGCUGGCGGGUCUGGAAUCCCCAGACCUGCAAGCAGUGCGUCAACAAGGAGGGUUGCAGCAGGAGCGACUGCGAGUGGCAUUCCCAAGCCACGGAAGGGUGUUGUGGGAGAGAUGGGAGGAGAGGUGGAGGAAUGUGGUGAGCUGGAAUGGGGAGGCAUGGCAUGA